AAAGAUGUUCAAUACAAGCUAAGUACCAAAUAGCGAUGACAACACAUCAGGAAAAGAAGGGCUUUUCCACCCAGGCUAAUAGGUUUGCUUCUCAAAUUAGUCUGAGUGAAAGUCCAGGACCGGGAACCUACGACUGCUUUACCAGCACUGAAGUCAACAGUCCUUCCUUCUCAAAGAGAGGCACCACCGGCUUUUUCCCAUCCAAGGUUGACAGAAGGCCACAGAGACCCACUCCAGGCCCAAAUGCAUACAACCUACAGAGUUCCUUCAUAAAUAAAUAUGACUUCAACACUGGAGCCUCCAGGGUCUUCAGGCUGCCCAUAGCUGUGCAGAUGGAUGGUCCCAAACAUAUAACUCCAGCUCCAAAUCAGUAUGAUGUCAGUUGUGUGAGGAGAGUAAGCAUCUCCUCAGUGGUUGGUACAGCGCCUUUCCUCUCAAGAACAACACGGGAUUCAUUUUGCCCAAACAAAAAUGUGCCAUCACCAGGCCACUACGAGGUGAACAGCAGCUUAAUCCAGCAUGGUUCAAAGGCGGUCUCGUCACCCUUCAGAUCAAAAACUCACAGAAUCCUUCCUCCGGCCGACCACCGUGUGCCGGGCCCGGGGGCCUACAACCCCCAUCAGGCACCCACCCCAGUGAAGAAGACCAUCCUUCCGAGAAGAUAUUUUUUGGCAAUAGCAGCACCUCCUCAGACUGUACCUAAGGAUCCUCCUUUGCCGGGCCCUGGGCACUAUGACAUAGGGCAGUAUGACCGGCCAUCAAAGCAGUCCAUACCCACUGCUGCUUUUGCAUCCAGAACUCAAAGAAUACCCCAAAAACCGAUGGCUGAUAAGAUCCCAGGACCAGGUUUAUAUAAUCCACAGCCCUUGUCAAAGCAGUCCUUCUUUUACAACGACUCCAGAGUCUGGGUUCCUGUGUGAAGCUUCCAGCUCAGACUGCACUGUAGAUACGUACAUCUUCACUCAGAUGAACUGUGAUUGUUGCUAUUCUUUGAUCGGCACUUUUAGAGUGAAUAAGAUGAAAAUUAAAUGUUUGCACCAAUUUAGUCUCUAGUUCCGUGUUUAUGUUGGCCAAUCAGACCUUGGAAUGUUUGGAUGUUUUCGGAAAUGAAUCAUAAUUAGUAUUUAUCCACUGUGGUGGUGGUGGUGGUCAAAUGCCAGAAUUCUUGAAAAGCCAUAUGUUUUGUCCUUGUGGAUUUGAUGCUCUAAAGUGAUAUAGAAGAAAGUGUUGGCACAGUCCCCAGCAGCUGCCGGUCCAGCCAAUGGUACGCCACAGUAACAGCUGAGAGCUCGAGAUGACACCACUCUGCCAACUGCCAGAGGGCAGGCGGAGGGGUGGAGUGACUGUGUAUGUGAGCAAUGUGACUGACUGGGCAUGAGGCAGGGUGGUGUUUAACCCAAAAGACAAAUGGACGCAUCACUCAGUCCCUGUAUCACAUGUUGCAUUGGAGCUGAGUCUUUCACAAUGUUUUAAAAAAAUCAAA